AUGGUAUACUAUCCCGGGCACAACCGGAUGAAGAACAAAAAUAGAGUAUACGAAGACGGAGACGAAUUCAACCCCGAUCGCACAACACCGCGAUCACGAAUGUUCGCAAGAAUGAAGCGAGAGAUUCUAAUGAAAUUAGAACGCGAAAUCGAGUUACUGGAACGAGAGACGGAAGAAAGACAAGUAGAAACAACGGAAAAAGAAACGGGAGAGUUUAAUUCUCACGGUAAUGAAGAUAUGAAAGAAAAGGAGAUGUUUGAUGAUCAUAAGAACAGCGAGAAGGAACGAGAACAGGAAUGGUCGAAAGAGAAAGAGAACCGAGAUGCCGAGAGAGGGACGAAGGAUGAAGACAUGAAAGGAUUGGAAAUAGAGGAUCAUCAAAAGGAUGAAGAAAAUGACGAAGAAAAGAUGGCUGUAGCGACAGAAAAAAGAAUACUAGCGAAAAAAAGGAAAUUACAAUCGACAUCAGAUGUUAAAAUGAAGAAAAGAAGGAUGCAGAAACCGCGGGAACAAAAAAGAAAGAAAGGAUAUCCAGAUUUAGCGACGACAGUUAGUGACAAAAGAAGAAAGACAGCGACAGAAGACAGAUUAGCGACAGAACGAUUAUUAGCAACAAAAAACCGAUUAGCGACAGAACGAUUUAGUGGCACUGAAUUGGCAUUAACGACGGUUCAAAGACUUUCAGCAACAAAAAGGGAAAUGAACAAUAAUAUUACUAUACUCGGCAUCACAAAACAAUUCUUGGCAGACCUAUGGACGCAUUAUGAUAAAUUCAAAGAGAAGGCAUUUUAUCAUCGACGAAGACGAGACGAGUCAUUACGAAUGCUAAGUUUAGGGGAUGGUAUUAGUAUAUAA